AUGGAUGCGUUCCGAAAGAUCCGUGCGGCUGAGGGUAUUAGAGGAGUAUUUACUGGUUGGAGUCCAACUUUCUUCGGAUACAGUGCCCAAGGAGCGUUCAAGUACGGAGGAUACGAGUACUUCAAGAAGUUCUACAGUGACCUCGUCGGCGUUGAGAAUGCAGCACAUUACAAGACGGCUUUGUACUUGACGGCAAGUGCAUCGGCCGAAUUUAUCGCUGAUAUUGCGCUGUGCCCUUUCGAAGCUGUCAAGGUGCGCACGCAAACGACCAUUCCACCCGAGUUUCGCUCUACCUUUGGCGGAAUCUCUGCCGUUGUCGCUAAGGAGGGUACAGCUGGGUAA